AAUGGAAACGUCGGGGUCAAAAACAUCAACAAGAUGGAAGCAAUGCCCUUGCGCAAUAACCAUUAUCUACUACUUGCCUAAGGCACAAUUAAAGAAUGAUGAGCCUAACAUGUACUUAAGUUUAAGCGGACCUUUCUAAUCAACUCACCUUCAAGAAUCCUCCUGAGUUGAUGAAAUUCGACCUACACCGCUCCUUUUGCAUUUUCUUUCCAACAUGACCAAUUUUGCGGCUUCUCAAGUAAAUAGUCCAGACUUCUACCGCUAAACACGUUGGGAGUGUGGCAGACUGAGGCUACAGAGGCGGCAUAAAAGACUUAAAUAAUGACCCUAUCAUCAUUUGGUAAUAGUAUCUCGUAUAGACGACCUAGCGAGAUACUAAUAGGAUAAGAUGGCCAACUUACAGCUCCCCUGCGAGGGGAUGUCGGUGCCAGGUAGAAAUCGCAGCCCGUUACGAAGCUCAAGGAAUUCGUCAAUUAGGUACCUAGAAUUGUCUUCAGCUAUCAGUGAAGAAAAUCAACAAAAGGUCUGGAGUUGGCUCGACAGUGCUACGAAUAAUAAGCAAGAUCCCAACCUGCUGGGUCCUUUUCCAGAUUGGAUACCUCGCAAAAUUUACUCACCAUCUUUGCCUGGAGACCUGCCUCAGAGCGGUGGACUUACUGACAUAGUGGACGCGCCUGUGGAAAAACCCUCAUCUUUUUCUACGGGCAGAUCACGCAGUGCUUCACCUGUUCUCCGAAGAAAAUCCUCUCGUUUACUUGUCACUCACAACAAGCUUAAGCGCGUUCGCUUUGCUGACCUACCCGAUAUGUACCCUACUCCUGCGAAGACUAUCGCCUCUCUCGAAAUGGAGCCUGCUAGAGGCCGAACGGCCACCAAAGAGCCUGGCCGAGAACCCUUCCACGCGCGAGUCGCAUCACAGCCUCAGUUGCCCAAGCCAGAGGAAUUCGGUGCGUCACAGCAUCAGUACGCUAAGAAGUACUCGAACACACUUGGCCAUACUCGCAACAACAGUGUGCCGGCGGUUCAACAGUAUCCGCAGCAACCUGGCAGACAGCCGACUCCCGAGCGAGGUCGUAAGCUACAGAAGACUUAUGAAUUCCAGUCAGACGAGAGCGACAAAGGUCUCAGCCCUGUCGCUGAGGCGACAAUGGACAACCAUCUUCCCCAUGCGACGACAAUGAACGAUAUCAUUGCUAGACGUGACACCGAGGCACGUGACCAUUCUCGCUCUAUGUCACGACACAAGUCGCCUAAGCCGUCUUCCUCAGUUGGUGCUCAAGCAAGACGUCGCCCUCCUCCGCUUGACCUUAACGAAACUCACCGGUAUGGAGUGGUGGUUCGUGGCAAUGCCCAGCCUGUGCAUAACCCCGUCUAUUCACCUUACCCCGAACAGGGACAGCAAGGACAACAACAUCAAUUUGUUCAGUACCGUAGCUCUUCGGUGUACAUGGAUGACACCCCCUUGCCAUACUACGAUGAGCCUUCGCCUAGUCCCCUUCACGUCCCCACUACGAGCGAGAUGCGAGGACGAGCGGAUAGCAUUCUGCAGGGUUACAAUGUCUGGAAAGACUCCCAGUCUGGCGUCGGAACACCCAUGGGCGGACUCGAACGUACCCGUUCCACGACUGCGAUGGAGCAUGGCCACCCUUCGGAGAUGAUGAAGGCUGGUGAUCGAGUGUCUUUAGGCCCUUCGCACGACGGAGCCACUUUGGCCGGUACUCCCGUCCAAGAGAGAUUCAAGGAGGUCGAGGCACCUCUUUUUACGCCCUUAACUCCGUACCUUAUGCACACGCGAAUGGGAUCGAAGACCAUGAUCGGCAACAAGGGAUGGCUUGAAGACACAGCCGAGCAGGCUAAGAAGCCCACAGCGAAGAAGAAGGAUGCGAGCUUCAUGGACACCUUCAAGAAGACGGCUCGAAAGAUCGCAGCCGAGAUGACGGAGUUCCGAGGCGAGAAGCCGCGCACGCACACAGCGCGCGAGCUGAACAUCUCGCUGGACCCGCGCGAGCAGAGCCUGCUGUACUGCGAGCUGGAGUUCAUCCUGAGCAACGCGCUGAGUGCGUACAUCAACCUGCAGCUGCACAGCGGGCGGCUGAACCCGCACGUGCACGCCAAGAUCUCGGACGCGUGGGAGCAGAAGGGGCGGCCCAAGGUGAUCGGGUUCCGGUACGACCUCGAGACGCAGAUCGACAUGAUCGCCGCGCACGUCGGCAGCUUCCGCUUCUACGGCCCGCACCAGGCCGACCACGACGUCGUCAAGGGCUGCCUGUACGGCAUGAAGGUCAACGCGCGAUCCAUGCGCAUCCACACGUACUGCCAGCCCGACCCCGUCAUCGCGAAGCACAUCCUCGACGCGCAGGCCCUCAUGCGGCUCCUGGACAGCCCGGACAGCGUGCAGGUGCCGCUCGCGGAGGUGUCGCAGUUCUUCAAGGUGGUGCUCGAACGCGAGAAGGACGCGCGCAAGAAGCGGCUCGCGGAGAAGGCGGGAGCGGCCGCGGGGACCGCGGGCUACGCCCCGAACAAGGGCCCCCGGCCCCAGAACCAGGGCCAGGACCCCGAGAACCUGAGCCCGCCGAAGGGAAAGCAUCCGGGCGAGUACCGCGUCAAGAACCAGAUCGGCGUGCCGGAGGGCGAGCGCGACUUCAGCGGUCCGGUUCUCGAGCCGAAGGUUUAUGACCCCUUGCGAUCGAAUCCGCCGAUGGGCGGACAGCGCUAGUGAGAUAGGCGUUGGUGCUAGGGUCGUUUUUGAGUUUGUGUUUCAGAGGUUACGUUACGAGUUGAUGAGUGAUGAAUGAUGUCGCUUAACUUCUACCUAUGGUUCGCCUUUCGUCGACGGGAGGAGAGGCCAACACUUACUUUUUCUCGAUACCCCCUUUUUUCUUUUUUGAGGGACGGCCUCAUUAACCAGAUACCCACGCCCCUCCUCCUUUUUAAUACCGGAGGGUAAUGUUCUUCGUUUUGCGUUUUGAUACGACGUUGUCUAGCUCCGUCUCCAAGAAGACACUUCUGCGCCGAUGAGAAGAGCCUUUGGCAAACAUCGAUGAGACGGAAUUAGUCUGGAAUGCGUCACUUAGAUGGCCGCGGUAUAAUUGUUGCAGCCUGCCCGGUCCGCCUGUGUUUUCUUCUUCUUUUCUUUUCUUCUCGGUUUCUUGAUUCUUAUAGGUGGCAUUUCGACUGAGUGGCCUCGCCUCCUUUCGUAUCUUACGAAAGGUAGGUGUAGACAAUCUCUCAUUCCCAACCUUUUCCCAGUGACCUUGUCUCUGUCAUUCUUGUGGAGGAGAUCG